UUCUGCUGUUGCGUCUUUGAACUUCACUCAGAGUCUUGACUCUUAAACAACUUUUUUGCAUAUUGAAUCAGACCAAUCAGUUUUCUUUCAUCAAGAUCAUCUAUAGUCAUCCUUAACACUGAGGCCUGCAUAUUAUUCUAUAUAUUUAAAAGAAGAAACUUUGUUUGGAGAGGUUACUUGACGCACGCACGCGCGCGCACACACACCGUCAACAUGGCAACCACACUGGAUCUAAUAGGUGGUCAAGGAGGCAGUCCAUUUGAAUUCCACGGCAUGAACAGCGGUGCCACCCUCAAGAAGAUCGGAGUGGCGGUGGAAGGCUGGCAGGUGAAAGCUGUGCGGGCGGAGCUGACCGACGGGGAAGUAGCAACUUUUGGAGAUGCGAACACUUUCAAUGAGUUUGAGUUCAAACUCGGCAAGCGCAUCACCAAGCUGUCUCUGUGGGGUAACGGUGCCGGCACACGUCUGGGUGCCAUCAAGUUCACGACGAGUGAGAACCGGCAGUUCUUUGAAAAAAUGACAAGCUGGGGACUGAAGACUGAGUACACCAUAGAUGUGGGGUCUGGAAUUGGCCUGGGGCUGCAGGGCAGGUAUGGCUCAGACAUCGACUGCAUGGGCUUCCUCUUCAUCAACACCAUCAAGUCGUCCGUGCUGAUCGACAUUAAAUAUCCCACCCUGUCUCUCUUCAAACCCCAGGUUAGUUCUUUUAUAGAUGUGUGUAGAAGGCUCAGGAAAACUCUACCGAUGCUCUAACAUUAAGAUCCGCUUUAGAUGUAUAUAGAGUCUCAUAAAACUGCCGGAAUCUGUCAUUGAUGUCUUUGGGGGAAGAGAGUAAUUCCCCAGAUGCAGAUUUAACCCUGUGAAUCAUUCGGUCACUCACAUUUUUUCAAAGUUGUCUGGUGAGUAAUUUGUGUGGUUUGUCACCAAACUCAAAAUAUUUUUGCUUG